UACGCGAUUCUGUCUCACGUCUGGGCGCUUGACAACUCGAAGGAGCAGACUUUUGCAGACAUAGAGCGCCUGCAAUCCGAAGGCGUGACCGCGUACGACGACCCCCGUGUGAGCGCGAAGAUCCGGGGCUUUGUGGCCACCGCGAAGGAGCAGGGGCUCGGCUGGGUUUGGGACGACACCUGCUGCAUCGACAAGCGGAGCAGUGCGGAACUCGAGGAGGCCAUCAACUCCAUGUUCCGGUGGUACGAGGAAGCUGCGGUGUGCUUCGUCUAUCUGGAGGACGUGGAGGACGACUGCGUCGUGCAAGAGACGAACUCUGCAUUCCGCAGGAGCGUCUGGUUCACAAGAGGCUGGACACUACAGGAGCUCCUAGCGCCACAACUCGUCCUUUUCUUCUCGCAGGGCUGGAAAUGUUUGGGAACCAAGUUCGGGCUGGCGCGCCUGGUCUGCGACAUCACAGGAAUCGACAUAGAGGUCCUCACGAUGCGGCUCGCGCUGAAGCACGUGAGCGUGGCCCGUCGCAUGCUAUGGGCCGCGAACCGCAAGACAUCGAGGAUCGAAGACCGGGCGUACUCCCUUCUGGGCAUCUUUGGCGUCUCGAUGAGCACCAUCUACGGCGAGGGCGGCUAUGCCUUCCGGAGACUGCAGGUGAAGAUCAUGAAGCACAAUACAGACCAUACGCUGUUUGCGUGG